AUGUCGAUGAGCAGUGAGCGCACUACGCUUGAGCAUGAACCACAAAUACUUGCCAUGAAAGAAGAAGGAGAAAAAGAUGCCCACACGAAUGCCGUACCGAGCUGCGAUGAGAUUGGGUUUUUUCAUGAAGUGGUUUUCGUAUUUUGCAUGUGCUGUGGCCAGCUCUUUUCUCAGGCAGCUGUAGCACAGGCAAUUGCAGCCACCAAAGGAAUUGCCAACACUUUUGGGGUGGAAGAUCUGCCCGGUGAGCAAGCUUGGUUCACAGCGUCAUUUUCUCUGACGGUUGGAACAUUUAUUUUGGCAUCUGGAAAAUUCGGCGAUAUGUUCGGCUACAAGUUUAUGUAUAUCACAGGUGUGUUGUGGUUUGCCUUGUGGUCGCUAAUUUGUGGAUUUAGUGCAUAUGCCAAAUCAGCCGUUUUCUUCGAUGUUUGCAGAGCUUUACAAGGAGCUGGUCUGGCGUUACUUUUUCCCAAUGGUAUUGCAGUUUUGGGCCAUUAUUAUCCUCCAGGGUCCAUGAAAAAGAAUAUUGUCAUGUGCUUGUUCGGCGCUGCAGCACCUUCUGGAUUCAAUAUAGGCGCUCUAUUUUCCAGUCUUUUUGCUAUGAAAGUUUGGUGGCCGUGGACAUUUUGGGUGUGUGGAAUUGCCUCGGUUUGUCUUGCCGUUUUGUCUUACUUGUUUGUUCCCAAAAAAAUAGGAACUCCAUCCAGAAAGGAGCCUUUCGAUUGGAUAGGCUCAACGUUGGGAAUCAGUGGCUUGAUCCUCUUCAACUUUGCAUGGAACCAAGGGUCCAAUGUGGGCUGGAAGACGGUUUAUAACUAUGUCUUGCUCAUUGUUUCAGUCGGUUUGGUCGUUGCAUUUGACAUAGUCGAGGUUUACUUGAAGCAUCCAAUUGUGCCUAUAAAAUCAUUGAAAGGUGAACCGUCGUUUGUUUUGGGAUGUAUCGCAGCUGGAUGGUCCUGCUUUGGUAUUUGGCUUUAUUACACCUUUCAAUGGGCUUUUUACGUCGACAACGUUAACCCUGUGGUUGCGUCAGUUCAAUUCAUUCCCUGUAGCAUUUCAGGGUUCAUUGCAGCAUUGACCACAGCCUAUCUUCUUCACAAAAUACCGCUGUCUUUUGUCAUGAUGUUAUCGAUGUGUGCCUUCUUUGCGGGCAUAACCGUCAUGGGAACAAGGCAUGUGGGUCAAACGUACUGGGGCCAAAAAUUCGUAUCGUGCCUCAUCCAGCCUUUUGGAAUGGAUAUGAGUUUUCCAGCAGCCACUAUCAUUCUUUCCAACCACUUUCCUCCUUCGAAACAAGGAAUUUCCGCUUCAUUGGUUGCAACAGUCCAAAACUACUCUGUUGCAUUAGGACUUGGAUUCGCAGGUACGGUCGAAAAGUACAAGACCGACCAUUUACCCCAGACUUUUGAUCUGAAAUUGUUAGGUAUCAGAGUUGCAUUCUAUAUGGGAAUGGGACUUGCGGGCCUUGGAGUUGUGUUUUCAGUAAUAGGUGGUAUUCUUCAGUGGAAAGAGGACAGGAAAGCAAAAGUGGACAAGGCACAAGCAAUAAGGAACGAGGGAUAA